AUGUGGUUCCUGCGCUUCGGAGCCGGGCUCCUCUGGGCCCUGCUGGCGGGAGGGCUGGAUUUCAAGGCGCAGGAAAGCCCCAGUCCCCGAUCUCCGGCCCCUGUGCCCCCUCUCCUCUGGAAGAUGUUCCAGCGGAGGACCUUCCCGCCGGCCGCCGAGGAGAAGCCCAAGGACGCCUGCUGGGUGGAAGAAUUCGACGUCCCCGGGAACAUCAUCCGGGUUUUCCCGGAUCAAGGUGGCUUCAUUCACAGAGAGGAGCCCCAGAGUUGGGUGUGUCUCCAGAAGCGGCUGUAUUUCAACUUCUCCGCCCUGGAGGAAGCCGAAGAACUGACAAUGGCUCAGCUCCAGAUCAGGUUCGGCCAAAAUUCCUACCACGCUUCUGGAUCCAAGCUGCCCUUUGAGCUGAGCCUCUACAGAGCUUCCCAGAUGGCCUUGCGGGGCAUGUCGACCCACGCUUACAGCCGAAAUCUGCUGGUGGAACAGUCCUUCCUGCACUUACACAAGUCUUUCCUCUUCAACCUGACCGAGGUAGCGAGAGAUUGGCGGGUCACCGGCAGAAACCUGGGCCUGAUCUUGGAAAUUGCCUCGCCCCAGGCAGGUGCGUUUUGCUCUAACCUGGAUUCCUUCCUGGACGCUUCUCUGCUGGUGAUCUCCCUCGCCCCCAAACACUGCAAAGGGAGCAGGGCCAAGCGAAGCUCCCACUACGUGCCGGCCGGCCUCAGCAACGUCUGCAAGCCCCGCCGGCUGUACAUCAGCUUUGGUGACAUCGGCUGGGAGAACUGGAUCAUAGCCCCACAGGGCUACAUGGCGAACUACUGUCUGGGGGAGUGCCCCUUCCCCUUGACGGAGGAGCUCAACAGCACCAACCACGCCAUCUUGCAAACCAUGGUCCACUCCCUGGACCCCGAAGGGACCCCACAGCCCUGCUGCGUCCCGGUACGCCUCUCGCCCAUCUCCAUCUUGUACUACGACAACGACGACAACGUGGUGUUGCGGCAUUACGAGGACAUGGUGGUGGACGAAUGCGGCUGUCGCUGA